GAGAUAGAUGAUAAAAAGAUGGAGAGGAUAGAAAAUUGGAAAAAUAGAUGGAAAUAUGGAGAGAUGGAUGGAAAAAUGGAAAGACAGGGAAGGCUAGACAGAUGGAGAGAGAGGUCAAAAGAUAAAGAUAUCAUGAAUGUAUUUUUUUUUUUUUUUUGGCAAGUUGCUUCCCCACUAGAACACGAGAUCCUCAGGGCAGGUUUUUGCCGCUCUUUGUUCCUCCAGGGCUUAGCACAUUUCCUGAUAUACAGAAGGUGCUUCAUAAAUGCUUGACUUACUGACAACCUCUCAGUGCCCUCGUGUCUCUUAACACUGUCAGCUUCAGAGAAGGGUGGAAUUGCAUUAGUAGGAAAGAGCAGUUCCCUCUUCCAGUGAAAUCCCAGUCCCCGUUCCUUUCUGUUCAUGUUGGGAAGGCAUUUCCCUGCUCUGAGGAUCAGUUUGACCCUCUGUAAAAUCUGCUGGAUUAAGAUUUCUACUUCUGUGGGCCUCAGUUUCCCCAUUUGUUAAACCAUGGCCAGCUCUAGAGAAGGUGUGAUUUCUAUGGCUCCUGCUGCUGUUUCUCACAUGCAAUAUCUCAUUUAAUCCUCACAACAGCCUCCUGAACCAACUGUGGUUAUCCCCAUUCUACUGCUGAGGAAACUGAGGCAAGCAAGGCUCAAUGAGGCACCGGCCAAAUUUGAACUCGGGCCUGCCGACUGCAGGCCCGGCACUCGGCCACGGUUCCGGGGCUCGAUGGGAAGCUGAGCGCUUUCUCUUCCAUCGGGAGCUUCCAGUGCCCAGGCCCCGGCUCCGCGGGGAAUUUCUCCCGCUGCCCCUUUCCCAGCCGGGAGGGGGAGGGGCAGGGCUGGAGCCGACGGCCCCCAGCCCCUCCAGCCCCUGCUGAGCAAACACUCCCAGCUCCUGGGAUGGGAAGCUCGGCUCGGGGUCUGGACCCACCUCUUAUCGCAGGAAUCCCCAGCUCUCCGAGGGGGGCGGGGGACGGCUGCGGCGCUCCCAGGGACUGGCCCAGAAAAACACCCCCCCCCAAGGAAAACACUUCUCCGGGCUCUGGGAAAACACUGACAAGGGCUCCCAGCCCCUUGGAUGGGGGCGGGGAGGGGGGAAGGGCCUCUUUUCUCCUCUGACAGACUUCAGAGACAAAUGGCUCCGGCAAGGAAGGGGGAGGUGUGUGAAAGCGAGUGAGAAACGGUAGGUGAGCCCUCCGGCGUGCAGGGAGAGGCGGCUAAAGAGGGAAUCGGGGUCCCCAGGGUCCUAUUCCUAGGCUGGGAAGGGACCUCGGGGUCACCUCCGGCCCCUUCGUUUUGCAGAACGGGAAACUGAGGCUCGGAGAGUGACUGGUCUAGGGUCACACAGGCGGGGACUGGCGUUGUGCUGAGCUGGCCGGCGGGACCCAGUCGGGGCUCCCCGCGUCCCAGAGGGCAGCGGCUGGACUGAGCCGGUCCCCAGUCCCGGCAGGAGCGGGAGAAGGACCCCGAGGGGCCGCCGCCCACACACUCCGGCUUCGGGGUCGCGCCGGACCGGCCGGGCCGGGCCGCGCAGCCAUGGAGCCCUGGAGCCCGGAGCCCCGGGUCCCGGCGCCCGACUACUACUACGAUUACUACAACGGCUCGGGCGGGGCGGCGUGCGCCGGCGAGGACGAGGGGGCCGAGGACUGGGAGCUGUCCUACUCGCUGCUGCCCGUGCUCUACAUGCUGGUGUUCGUGCUCGGCCUGUCGGGCAACGGCGUGGUGAUCGUCACGGUGUGGCGCGCCCCCGGGGGCGCGGGCGCGGGCGCCGGGGCCAAGCGGCGCGCCUCGGACGCCUACAUCGGCCACCUGGCCCUGGCCGACCUGGCCUUCGUGGUGACGCUGCCGCUGUGGGCCGCCUACACGGCGCUGCGCUUCCACUGGCCCUUCGGGGCCGCGCUGUGCAAGCUCAGCAGCUACUUGGUGCUGCUCAACAUGUUCGCCAGCGCCUUCUGCCUGACGGGCCUGAGCUUCGAGCGCUACCUGGCCGUGGGCCGCUCGCUGGGCCGCCGGGGGGGCCCGGCCCCGGCGCGCGGCCGGCCCGGGACGUCGGCCGCGCUGGCCGCGCUCUGGCUGCUGGCCGCGCUGCUGGCGCUGCCCGCGCUGCUGCUGCGGGACACGCGCGCGCAGCCGCCCGCCAACCUCACGGUCUGCGACAUGGACUUCAGCAGCGUGGCGGCGGCGCCCGAGCACGAGGCCUACUGGCUGGGCGGCCUGAGCCUGGCCACCACGCUGCUGGGCUUCGCGCUGCCCGCCGGCCUCAUGGGCGUCUUCUACUGCUGCAUCGGCUGCGCCGUGAGCCGCCACUUCGGGGCGGGGCCCGCGGGCACGGAGCGCCCGGGCCCCCGGGGCCGGGGCCGGGGCCAGCGGCGGCGCCUGCUGCGCCUCCUGGCCGCCCUGGUGGCCGUGUUCGCGCUCUGCUGGCUGCCCUUCCACGUCCUCAAGAGCCUCUACGUGCUCAGCUGGCUGGGGCUCGUGGCGCUGCCGUGCGCCGCGCAGGCCCUGAUCGUGCGCCUGCACCCCUACGCCACCUGCCUGGCCUACGUCAACAGCUGCCUCAACCCGCUGCUCUACGCCUUCCUGGACCGCCGCUUCCGCGCGCAGUGCCGCCGCCGCCUGCCGCGGCCGCCGCUGCUCGGGCGCCGGGCCCGCCCGCCCGCCUCGGGGCCCCCGCUCGAGGAGCCCGCGGCGCCCGCCUCGUCCAGCGCCAGCGCAGCCAGCGGCCACACGCAGCGCUCCGAGCUGGCCUCGCUGGCCACCAAGCUGUGACGGGCUGGGCCGCUGGGAGCUCCGGGCUGGCGGGCCCCUGGCGGGCUUCGGCACCCCGGAUCUGGACCGAGGGAGGGCGGGCCCCGGGGGACGGGCCACGCUGCUCGUGUGCUGGGUGUGACUUCUGCAGUCCAAUAAAACCUUCGCGGGAAAGGCAA